AUGUUAGUAGAGCCUGCAUCGAAAAAGGUAAGCAUAGUACCCAAAUUCCCCUUAUGCACUGUUUCAUUUACUAGAAAGGAUUUAGAAGGCAUACAACACUCACAUACUGAUGCACUGAUUAUAACUGUGGGAAUUGGGAAAUGGUUUGAUGUAAAACGAGUCCUAGUAGAUCAAGGCAGUGCAACAGACAUAUUGUAUUAUGACUUCUUCAGAAAGCUUGGUCUCUCCGAGCAGCACCUCACCCCAGCGGCAACUCCGUUAGAUGGCUUCAAUUCACAGCCAGAAUUACUGCUUGGCAGAAUAGUGUUGCCAGUUAUGGUAGGAACAAAAACCCUCCAGAUAGAGUUUCUAGUUAUUAAUACACCAUUCCCUUACAACGCCAUACUUGGCCGUCCAUGGAUUCAUCAAAUGGAGGCGGUCCCUUCAACCUACCACCAGCUCAUUUGUUUCCCAACGGAACAGGGAGUAGAGCAGAUUUCAGGGGAUCAAGUUGAGUCCAAACAUUACUUCAUGGUGGCACUAAAGGCAAAGCAACUCUACAACAGGGUACAGACGGUGGAAGUGGUCGAACGACCAGUCUUAAAAGACGUAGGGGGAGCCCCAGAAGAAAAGAUAGUAGAGGAUUUAGAGAAAGUCCUGGUAAAAGAGGAUGAUACAGAAAAGUAUUUCCUUAUUGGAGCAAUCAGAGAAGUUCAGUACCCACAAUGGUUGUCCAACACAGUCGUAGUCAAAAAGAAGAAUGGAAAAUGGAGAGUUCGUGUUGACUUCACUUGCUUAAACAAAGCCUGCCCCAAGGAUAGCUUUUCGCUGCCUAACAUCGAUCAACUGGUAGACUCAACAGCAGGGCAUGAGCGCAUGAGCUUUCUGGACGCUUAUAGCGGCUAUCACCAAUACCACUGUUUGGUCCGAAUCAAGAAAACACAGCAUUUAUCACUCCAAGGGGAACUUACUGCUACAAAGUAA